GGAGCUGACACUUUUAUCUCUUCAGAGUGAUGUCUGCUGUCUUCAGCUGAAACAUAUCAAAACAACCAUAAGAAAACAUUUUUCGACCCGCUGCUGCCGUCGCGGAGACUCUGCAUUUGGUUUCGCGAAGACCCUCCGUCUCCCGGGACUAUGUUGACCGCAUGACGCGCUCUUUCCCGGGACCUGCGCCGACGUGAAAUAGCGAAACCUUGGCGGCCGGAGGUGAAGCGAUGGCUUCGGCGUUGAGUUGCUUCAGCGGUCCGGAGGUGCUGGAGGACUCGAGUCACGCCCGGAGCCUGGUGAACGAGCUCCGGGCGCUGUACGACUGCCGGCUGCUCGGGGACGUGACCAUCGGAGUGGAGUGUGAGGAGGAGUCCCUGGAGCCCAGGGGCGACAUCGCUCAGCUGUUCCUGUGCAGCCGCAACGUGCUCGCCGCCGCCAGCCCCUACUUCAAGAGCAUGUUCACCGGGGGCCUGAACGAGAGCAUGCGGGACAGGGUGGUCAUCCGCGGGGUGGACUCCGAAUCCAUGUCUGUCAUCAUCGAUUACUGCUACACGGGCAGGGUGACCAUCACGGAAGGGAACGUCCAGAGGCUGUACGCAGCGGCCAACAUGCUGCAGCUGGAGUACAUCAGGAAGGCUUGUUCCAGUUUCAUGACGAGGAGGCUGGACCUCUCCAACUGCGUGGGGAUCCUGAAGUUUGCAGACACCUACGAUAAUCCCGAACUGAAGGAGAACGCGCAAGCUUUCAUAGCCAGGAACUUCAGCCAGGUGUGUAACGGAGACGAGCUGUGUGAGCUGGACCUUGUGCAGCUGAAGGAGCUGCUGUCUCUGGACACUUUGGAUGUGGACUGUGAAAAGAAGGUGUGUUCUGCUGCCCUGCAGUGGAUAGAGGCCAACGCGCCACAGAAGAAGGAGGAUGCACUACAAGCGCUUAAGUGUGUGCGCUGGAACUUGUUUACAGAGAAGGACAAGUGUUAUCUGGAGAGCCUCAUGGCGCGACCUUUAAUUGAGAAGUAUCUGGCAUCAUUUUUUAACAGGUCUCCAGAGGAUGGCUGUGGGAUGCCUGCGACUCUGGAUGUACCGAAGCACAGGAUCGGCGUGAGUGCCAAAGAAAUGAUUCUCUUCUUUGGCCUGCCCAAUGACAACAUCAUGUGCUGCGACCCAUACUCAGAGGAUCUGUACUUCAUGGCUCCUCCUUUAGAAGAUCUCAGUAAUCAGGACUACAAACGCUCCACUAUGGAGUCCUUAAUCGCCUGCGCCACGCCUGAAAACAACCUGUACCUGGCCUCCCACCUCUCUAAACACUUCUGGCUGUACAACCCUGUGCUCAACAGCUGGCAGGAGUUGGCAGAGAGGCCUCUGGGGCGGAUACACUCCGGGAUGGGCUACCUCAAUGGACAUGUGUACCUGUUGGGAGGAAGAAAUCCAGUGACGGAUGCCAGACUGAAGGAGGUGGAGUGUUACAGCGUCCAGAGGAACCAGUGGACGUUUGUGGCCCCUCUACCUCACUCUUUAGGUAAAAUGCAGGUGGUGGCUCUGAAUGACCAUUUAUAUGUAGUGAACAAAAGGAGGAUGCUGUGCUACGAUCCCAAGAGGAACCGCUGGCGCCACUGCGGCUCGCUCAGGAGAGACAAGCUGCACAAGGCCUGUGUGUUUCAAGAGCAGAUCAUCUGUGUGUGCGACAUCCCUGUGGUGAAGGCCUACAGCCCCACCAGGGGUGAGUGGAAGAGGCUGGGGGAUAUCCCCAUCGACAGUCGGGCUCUGAAUUACCAGGUGAUCCAGCACAACGGCAAGCUGCUGCUUCUCACCCAGACGUUACUGCAGCACAACAAAAACCGAGUCCUCAUCCACGAGUACGACCCGGCCAGGGACACGUGGAAGAACGUCAUGGCGGUGUACGUGUCCACUCUGGGGCCCGUGUGCGUUUCCACACGCGUGUACCCGGUGUGUUUGGGCUCCGCUCACAGCUUCUCCACGGAGGAGGACGACGACAGCGGCUCCAGUGCCGACUGGGACUUUGAUGGGCUGACGGAUGCGGAUUCGGACUCCGGCAGCUCAAGCUCUUUCUCAGAUGAGAACUGGUAGUGAAAUACGUUUCUGUGUCAAAGGACAGUGAGCAUUUAAUGGAUUUUUACAGGGUGCUUUUGUCUGCCAGGAGAGGUCACAGAAUCAACAAACUCUCGAAGUAGCCAUCUAUAAUUAAAGCACAAGGGCAGAUAUCUGCUAUUUCACCUUCAU